UUUGGUUUCCUUGCCACGUAUGAGGGAGCUUUUUAUUUAGAAGCCAGUAACAACAGGCGCCGCUUGUUUUGAUACAUUGUAGCUAAGACUCUGUCUGGGAUGUCUGCUGUCUGCGAUUUCUGCGCUCUCAUUGGUCGCUGACAUGAGGGGGGCGGGGUUUUAUCAUAACAAUGCACUUCAAGAAUCACACACGCGCCAACGGGAUGUUUCCUGUCGUUGGGGAAAUAACCUUCGCGUAGAACGACAGUUAACGGCGUUUCCCCUCUCAGGUAGACGGUGUCGGUAACGGUCAGCGUUUCCAUGGUUUCCGGGGAGCACGGCUCUCCUAUGCAGCGACCGAGAGCGCGUGUAAGGUGGCUAACGUUAGCAAGCUAGUACCCGCUCAGUCGGGGGUGGGGGACGUUUAUUGUCAGAUAUCUGACGGAAGAAACGGCGGUCUGUUGAUGGCCUGUUACCAUUCUAUGUUGGACAAGGAAAUUCGCUUAGACGAAAUCCUUUGAAAAUAAACAACUCGAAUGGGAUACGAGAUUUCGGAAGCUGAAACACCUGCAGCUCUCUCCAAUCACCAAGGAAGCAAACUAGCUAAGAAAGGUUAAGACAAUCAGAGGCCACAUACAAGUGCCUCCACUAUACGCUUUCUUUCCCCAGAGUGUGACUCGUCUGCACGACGUCACCAAUGCGACCAUGGGAAUUAGCAGUAAAUAGGCUGCCACCAACAGCCCCCUUAAACCCCAGGAGGUUCCUCGGAGAGCCCUGCAACGCCCCAGUGCAUCUCAGGAGAAGCCCACCAGUGAGACGGCAGUGGGGGAGACGAGACAGACCUGUUCUGCACACUUCCCAGGUCCAGGAUGAGAACUUCCACCACCUGUUUUUCUCCCAACACCCCCAACAGGUUCCUUUAGAUGAGUCCAGACAGUACAGCCACACCAGCACAGCACCACGCAUGCUUCACCCUGCGACCCACCUGCCCCAGCAGAGCCCCAUCAUGGUGGAUCUACAUGACCAGAUGCACCAGGGAUCCGUUCCAAUAUCUUACACUGUUACGACGGUGACGACCCAUGGAUUUCCCAUUCACACUGGGCAGCCCCUUCCAGGGUGCAACACUCAGCAGCUCCCAGCAUGCUCGGUAAUGUUCAGCGGACAGCUCUCUCUGCUCUGCUGCCUUCCUCCUCCUCUCAUACAGGCAUGUACCAUGCAGCAUAUACCUGUGUCUUAUCAAGCUUUUCCACCGCUGAUGUCCAGCGAACAUUUUGUAUUGCACCCGAGCCCAUCUGUACCCCCCCACCAGCCGCCGCACCUUACUCCUUUGAGCCAGUUUGUCCCUUUACAGCCUCAGCACCCACGCAUGCCUCUACAGAGGGUAGACAAUGAAGUUGACCUAAGAGGGGACCAGCACCCAUUAGGCACCUUCUCUUACCCUCCCUCUCAUCAUCCACCAGCGCUGCCUCCUUCACUGCCCCUACAGUAUCUUCCUCAAGAGCCUCUGCAUCAGGAGCUUCCCUUCGGAGUGCCAUAUCCCCACAUGCUGCCACGGCGAGUGAACGGACAAAGAUUUCGGUUGCAGCAGCCUCUCCCUCCCCCUCCUCCACCUCCGUCUUACUACCCUGGCUUCCUCCCUUACUUCCUGUCAAUGCUUCCUGUGCCUCCAACAGCAGUGGGCCCAGCCAUCAGCUUAGACCUGGAUGUGGAUGAUGUGGAAAUGGAGAACUAUGAAGCACUACUAAAUUUGGCAGAGAGGUUGGGUGAAGCAAAACCACGUGGACUCACAAAAGCAGAUAUUGAGCAACUUCCGUCCUACAGAUUCAACUCAGAGAAUCAUCUAUCUGAACAAACGCUGUGUGUUGUGUGCUUUAGUGACUUUGAGUGUAGGCAGCUACUUCGAGUGUUACCUUGUAACCACGAGUUCCAUGCUAAAUGUGUGGACAAAUGGUUAAAGACCAAUCGCACUUGCCCAAUCUGUCGAGCGGAUGCCUCAGACGUCCACCGGGAGGCGGAGUGAGGCAGGUCUCUGAGUGUUGAACUGGAAUGCUGCACCCACCAGAGUCUGUCUCAAAGCUGGGGACACCUGCCACAUAACCUGCGUCCUCCAGUAAAUAUAGCUUAACAAACCCUCUACUCCUGCCCCUCAGUUGACGAUAAAGAAACCCAGGAUUGUUUCUGGAGCGCGUUGUUCCUCCGCUGUGCUUCGUUGUGCGAGUGUCACGAAACCCACUGCCUACAGCCAGAGUUCUGGGAUUGCCAGCCACUUCUGUCUCUGCCUCCCACGAUGCAGAUUCCAAAGAUUUUCCCCUACAAUGCAUUAUUUGCUGCUUUUGUUUACAGGGUUUCCUCUUUUUAUUUGUGGAUUUUUGGUAGUGUUCACAAAAAAAGUAGGAGUCCUGCAUUGGAGGAGAGGAGUCGGGAAGCCUGGAGGAUGGCAGGCUUGGACGCCUUGUGCAACUAGCAGAAAAAAAAAAAAUAUUAGGAGUACUUCAACGUGGGUUUCUGUGUU